UGGAUAUUUGUUAGGUCCUGUUUGUUGCUUAAUUUUUGGCGGAGCGGGGAGUGGCAUUCGGAGAAGCUCGGCAGCUCCUACGCUGAUUGAAUUGAAUCCGGGCCAAGGAAAUGAUGUUGCCUGCUUGUUGCACAGAAAAGCAAGGAGAGAGAGAGAGAGACUUAGGAGAAUCCUCUGCGAGCUGCCAAGCUGCUCGGCCACCUUGGCAACAAAACAUCGAGCGGAUCCAAGCGGGCCUCCACACCUUUUGUCUCCUCUUGGCCAGCCAUGUCACCAACAGAAAUCCAAUGUACCCACCGUUCCCAGAAGGAAUGCAGAUGGCAAUGUUUGGCAAUGGAUGUUUCUGGGGAGCAGAAAGAAAGUUCUGUCAGCUGUCAGGAGUCUUCUCCACACAGGUGGGCUUCUUGGGAGACUUCGCCCCUAAUCCUACUUACAAAGAAGUUUGCACCGGGAUGAUCAGACAUCCUAAAGCAGUCAGGAUAGUUCUUGACCCACAGAAAAUCAGCUAAAAGGACCUUCUCAAAAUUUUCUUGUAGAGCCAUGACCCCACUCAUGGCAUGAGGCAGC